AUGGAGGAAGAUAGAGAUGAUUCUUCGGCUUCCUCUUCUUCCUCUGGCAUUCAGCCGCGGGGGUUGCUAGUACUGUUUGCCAUCUUUAUCCUGUUCUGCCUCCCCUCCCUCUUCUCUGCUUCCUUUCGUGGCUUUCGCGCGGUGUUCGUCAAGAACGGAUGGGACACUCUCAACUUCGUCCUCGUCCUUUUCGCCGUCCUCUGCGGCGUCCUCGGCCGCCGGAACUCCGGCGACGACACCGGCAAGUCCCCCUCCGCUUCAUCCCCGAAGGACGUCUGGUACAACGAUCACUCGGCGCAGCUUAGCAGCUACCUUGAUCACGCUGCGGUGGGCCAUUCGACGAGGAUGAGGAGGAUGAGGAGCAGCAGCUCCUACCCGGACCUGAGGCAGGAGGCCGCGUGGGGCGGCGCCUCCGUCGCUGAAGGGUGGCAGUUCUUCGACGACAUCCAUCUGUAUCGUCGGAGGUCGGAUUCAGGUAGCUGGGAAAGCCAGAGGUUUGGGGGGUCGUCGGGCAAGGCCAUUCCGGUGGCUUCGUUUGUUAUCCGGCAGAGCCGUUCUCCGGUAUCGAGAUCUCCGCCGAGUCAGCCGCCGCCUACUCCUCCGACCACGGCGCAGCGGUUGCCCAAGAGGAACUUACAAAAGCUUCAGCAGAAUGUGGUAGAAAAAGAUGCGAUCUUUGAAACGUGGAAUUCCCAACCGCCAUCAUCCCCGCCAACGGCGCAGCCUCGGCGGCGACACGGCAGAGGGAGGAGCCUCGAGAAGUUUCCGGGGAGGGAGGUGGAGGGAGACGCGAAUCCUGGAACAAGACAUAGGAGGAGUAGGACCGUCGAGGAUCUCCCAGAUUGGAAGGUGGAGCAACAUUGGAACACGGGAGCACAGAAGCCACACACGCCACAUCCAACGCGUCGGCCACGCUCUCCAUCGCCGCCGUCGCAGCCUCAUGAGGUGAAGACGAACAAUAAGAAGAGGAGAGGAGGAGGUGCCAAGGAUAUCGCCGCCGCCAUCGCUUUAUUCUACAAGAAGAAAAAGAGAGGGAGCAAGACGAAGAGGAGCCACGACGAUAUAUCGCUUUACAUGGGGGCAUCUUCUUCUUCGCCGCCGCGACCCCGGUCUUCCUCUGUCUUGCACCACCUGUUCUCUCACAAGAAGAGUAAGAACCGAGGGUUUCACUCAUCAUCAACGUCUCCUCCGCAUUCCCCUCCGUCGCCGCCAUCCCUUCCUUCAACCUGGCGUUCUGCUAAGCAAUCCUCUCCUCCUCCCUCGCCACCACCUCCUCCGCCAACCCGCCAAUAUAAGAGGCAAGCGCCACUGCCUCCGCCACUCCCUCCGGCUCCACCACAGGGUAAGCUCGACAUGAGGAAAGAAAAGCUCAAUCUUUCUGAUUUCCCACUACCUCCGUCGUCGUCACCCCUUCCUUCGACCUGGCGUUAUGGUAAGCAAUCCUCUCCUCCUCCCUCACCACCACCUCCUCCGCCAACCCGCCAAUAUAAGAUGCAAGCGCCACUGCCUCCGCCACCCCCUCCGGCUCCACCACAGGGUAAGCUCGAGAAGAGGAAAGAAAAGCUCAAUCUUUCCGACUUCCCACUACCUCCGUCGUCUCCCCUACUUCCACCGCCACCGCCACCGCCGCUAGCAUCCAGUUCACAAGAGCUGUUCUCCGACGAUGAGGAGGCGGGGAACACUGACAGUGAAAGAUUCGGGGGAACUGCCGCAAACACGGGGGAGAACGGAACGGAUGAGGGGGCGGCGGUGUUCUGCCCCAGCCCCGACGUUGACAACAAGUCAGAGCUCUUCAUUGCUGGAUUCCGCGCGCGUCUGAAGCUCGAGAAGCUGAACUCGAUCCGAGAAAAGCAGCGGCAGAGGCAGCAGCAGCAACAAGAAGAGGAGAUCAUGAUGAUCGGCAGCCUCUUCGGUGACGAUCUCAUCUAA